AUGACGCAAGAAGCUGAUCCGGCACGUUCCCGAGUCUCAACCGCUGAGCAGCCUGCCAAAAUGGGCCGAAGCAAACGGAAACAACUCCCCUGUGCGAUGUUUGUCCAUGCUGGCGCUGGAUACCAUAGCCGAGAGAAUGAAGGGAAGCACCUUCUUGCCUGCUCACAGGCGACCAAGGCUGGACUAGCUGCCCUGCAGGCUGGCGGGACUGCUGUGGAAGCGGUGGAGAUUGCCAUCAUGAUACUUGAGGACAAUCCCAUCACCAAUGCCGGAUAUGGCAGCAACCUGACUGCCAAGGGUGUCGUUGAAUGUGAUGCUUCGAUUAUGGACCAUCUUGGUCGCAGCGGUGCCGCUGGAGCUGUGCCCAAUGUUAAGAACCCGAUCAUGCUGGCUCGCAAGAUCUAUGAUGAGGCGUACAGAUCUCCUGGUAUGUCACGGGUGCCUCCCAACUUCCUCGUUGGUGACGGCGCCACGGACUUUGCAUGGACCCAUAAUAUUCCCAACGUUCCGGAUGAUGCUUUGAUCACGGCCCCUGCAAGAGAGCGCUGGAACAUCUGGACUCGCGAGAUUCAGGAAUACGAAGCGGAAAAUUCACCUGAUGAAAAGGAGGCUAUGAAUCCUUGGCUUCGUCGGCCACUACCCCCCAUGUCAUCUAGCAUGGCCCUUUGCACCCCUCCCGCUCUUGAUAAACUUGAGGCCGGAAUUUUUCCCGCCAGUCAGCUCAACAGCGACAACGACCUCGAUCGAAUAAUGUCCGGAACGACAAUGGAUGGCCAGUUUCCCCGUGUGAAGUCACGGUCAGCAGAAGAAAGUACCAGCUUCUUCAAGUCUGGCCCAUCAUUUUACCCAAAGAAGAAUCUUACCGACGGCGAGGAUGGAGAGGAUCGUAUCACAGAUACAGUCGGGGCAAUUGCGAUUGAUCGGUGGGGUAACAUCGCCGCGGGGUCGUCAUCUGGUGGCAUUGGGAUGAAACAUCGAGGCCGAGUAGGACCUGCAGCGCUCAUAGGCAUCGGCACCCAUGUCAUGCCCGUUGACCCCUCCGACUCGGAACGAACAACCACAGCUGUCGUAACGUCUGGAACUGGUGAGCACAUUUCCUCGACCUUUGCGGCCAGCACCUGUGCGUCUCGGAUCUAUUACGGCCAGAAGAUGGGCUCAGCGGGUGUCUUCGUGCAAGUGCCUGAAGAAGAGGCCAUCCACGCUAUGAUUGAAAAUGAAUUCAUGAAUCACCCCGCGGUCCAGAACAGCGAAGUCGGCGGUUCCAUCGGAAUCCUGGCUGUGAAGAAAACGGAUGAUGGCAUUGGUCUCUUCUUUGCUCACAACACCGAGUCGUUUGCUGUUGCCUCUAUGGCUGCAGGCGAUGUCGAACCCCUAACCGUGAUGUCCCGGAGCAGGAGAAACGGGGUCAUUGCUCAGGGUGGGAUCAUGAUUCGCUCCAAGAAGUAA